AUAGAAGCAAAACAAAGAAGGCGAAGAAGAAGUAAACAAACUUUCGAUUUUAAUUCGUUUGUGGGUGAUUCACAAAUAUGGGCUUCAAGGGCAGAUAUCCGCAGAUGGUCCGAGAAACGGGCUUUAAGUUGCGACAGUAUCGCGAUGGCCCACUGGAUUGGAGACUGAUGGGUUCCUACGAAACAGAGAGGAUACUUAGGGAGCAGAACUUCGAGCUGGUGGACAAAGCGUUACCACAUCUUUCGGAGGCUCCUUUGGGAACUGUCUUGGAAACUCACAUUCUGGACAGUGGCAUUGCCAAGUACUUUGUUAUGUCCCAAUAUGCCAUUCAGUAUCUGCUUUGCUGUCGAACUUACCUUGACGAAUGUGUCACCGAUUUAAAAGAGGCUCAUUCGACAGCACAGGAAGAGAUUGCCACACUCCGGAAAUCCCUGAGUGAAUCAAACAACGAGGUGGUUCAGCUGCACAAGAGGAUCACUCAGAUUGAAGCCAUUCGCGAAGUGGUUUACCCUUGUCAUCUGUGUCCCAAGAAUUUCAUCAGCAACGAAGCCUUGAAUGUGCAUAUUGGACGUAAGCAUCGUGUAGGCACUCCGCCCAGUCUCAAUUCCGCCACGGGAAAGGAAAAGGAUAGAGACAAGGAUACGGAUGUGCAUUUGAUCAAUACAAUCAAAAUGGAGCUGGAGAUCAAGCAACUGAAGGAGCGUCUAAAUGCCGCUGAGCGAAACAUCAAGGAGCGUAGCACUGGAUCGAAGAGGGUGAGUCCUCGGCAGGAACAACGCACAGUAGGCAUUCAGAGCAAUCUGGCAGAGCCAAAGGAAAAGGACGAAAUAAGUAGCGAGGCGCAACGAAGCGAAGCUAGCGAAAGAAAGGAGCAGCUCACAGGAUUGGCUGAGCGACUAAGCAACUUCGAGGAAUGGCAAAUGCAGCUUAAGCAGAGCAAUGAACAGUUUAUAAAGGAUAUAAAUAAGAGGCUAGAAGGUCUUAGCCACGCUCUUGAGCAGAGCAAACAGGCCUCUACAACCACGCCUCCGCUCGAAGAUCGGGUAGCUACACCCUGUCUGGAGGACCUAGAGCGUAUUCUAACCGAAAAGGUGGCGGAAAUUGGCAAGAUCAGUGCUAACAAAUUAGAGGAGGUGGUCUUCCACCUUGAACUGGGCUACAAGGAGAAAUUGGAAGCCUUGGAGAGAGAGCUAAAGCAGUUAACUGUACGAAAGGAGCAACCGGAGCAACCAGUUCAAACUUUGCCAGCUGCAUCAAAAAUACCAAAGCCAGUUACCCGUAAAGAAGAAACCAGCACAGAUCGCAUCCGGAAGCAAGUGGAGAGCGAGUUCAUUAAAAAGAAACAGGACGACGACACCUAUUCCAUUGAGGAGGCGCCUCGGAAAAGCCCGGAGAAACCCAUCACCCAACUGGUGACCCAUGUUCAAGUUCAUGAGAAGGAGCAGCCAAGUGCUGGUAGUUCGGGCAGCAAUCCAACAUAUACGAAAUCCCCCAGGGAACCGGUUUCUCACAAGCCGGAAACCAGGGAAACUACAGACAUCAGCGAGAGCCUGAGUCAGGAGCAUAUCGAGGAUGCCCAGGAUCAAAGUUUAACGGAGGAAGAGGAGUCAAUCUCUGAAUCUGAUGCGCCCAGGGAAUCUACAAAGCCAAAAACAAUUAAGCCUCCUGCGAGGUCAAUUAGAUCUCCUCAAAAGCCACUUACCCGUAAAGAUGCCCGGAAAAUGGUAAACAGGAAGUUAAUGCCCUACGGUUUUGAUAUGAAAUCCAAAGGUAUUUCCCAUACCUCCCUAAAAAGAGUUAACUCCGAGUUGUCCGAUCACCGCAACAAACUAAAAUUGCAACACCCACAUUUCUAUGCCACACGAAAUCGAAUACGGAAGUUCGUGGAGAAACUCUGUUCCGCCAAAUUCUCUGAUCGUGCUGAAGUGCUUCUGAAGCACAAAAGUCCGCUGAAACCGAUGGAAGUCCCCAAGAAAAGAGUUCAAAGGUCGGUUACUUCGGAGAAAUCUGAGGAGGAUAUAGUUACUUCCCAGGACGAAGAGCAGGAGGAAGAGCAGUCGGUGAGCAGCGAGCAGCAGUCUCGAAGUUCAAGUCCUCAACGGCCAAUUGAUCGCGAUUUUAAGGCCAGACUGGAGGAGAUUCUGGUUAAGCCAGCGGCUACAGUGCGAGGAGCUUCCAAAACGGUCUUUAACCCCAGGCCAGUUCCUUUGCCGAGGAAACGGGUCAUGUUUAACACCUUGAACAGUGGGAAGAGUUUCAAUGACAGCGAUGAUAACUUUAAAUGAGGUUAAACAAUAAACAUGAAAAAUUA